AUGACCGAGAGAAAUUCACAUUCACAUCCGUCUCAGGUAUCCGAGCCCACCCCAAAUCCUAUCAAAGAACCAAAUCCAGACUUAUGUGUCGAAUGUCUGGGCAUUAAUGGAGCUGUCAAUACGCCUGUAAUAAACGGCGAGACCAGGAGAGGCGGGCAGGGCCGGGCCGUCUCUCACGAACAAUGGUCAGCGGAAUCUCAUUACAGAGUUUGCCUGCUGGAUUGGGGGCGAAGUCUGGACGGGCCGCGGGUAAAUCACUAUGGACCGCGGGAACCCCAGUCACGGACCAGAGGGAAUCCCGGUCAUGACCUCGGGGAUACCCGGAUACGGACUGCGGGACCCGCUACUGAAGUGCGGUCGAAAUUCGCCUCUCGAAUUGCUGGCAAUGGAGCCAGCAGCGUCGGACUGAUGCCGACAGCACCUAGACAGCCGUUGGAGCCCAUCUCCUCAUCCACCACCUUCUCCACCACUACCUCCUCCACCUUCUCCCCCAUCUCUUCCACCCCCACCUUCUCUACCAUCUCCUCCUCCUCCUCCUCCUCCUCCUCCUCUCCCCCCUCCUCGCUCCGGCAACUGCUGCCUCCAGAGGCGGCUAAGCAGGCCAGACGGGGCCGGCGGGCCCACGCCGCGGUCCCUCACCACUUCAUGAUGUCAAUGUACAGGACUUACUCAGCAGCCGGGAAACUGGGAUUAAACGCCAGCGUCUUCCGCGCCACCAAGUCUGCCAACACGAUCACAAGUUUCGUGGACGGUGCAGAAGACGGACUUUCGCAUUCGCAUUUGAAAAAGCAAAACUACUUGUUCGAUGUAGGGACCUUGUCGGACAAGGAGGAGCUGGUCGGGGCCGAGCUGAGGAUACUUCGAAAAACUCCAGAAGACUUUCGCAAGACGCUGGCGGGCGUGUACGACAUGAAACUCUACUCGUGUUUAACGGCGGGCCAGGCACCCAGAUUGUUGCAGUCGCGAAGGCUGGACGUGCGCUAUUGGGAGAAGACACCAGGGUGGGAAGCGUUUGAUGUCUGGAAAGUCUUCAAGUUCCUUCACCCUGCUCAACUCUGCUUUGAACUUAAGGUGACAUCUCGCAGAAGCAAGUUGGAUGUUGACCCGAGAGAAGUGGGCUUUGGUCGCAAGGGGCGACCACCCCACGAGAGGGCUCUUCUCGUGGUCUUCACCAGAACUCGGAAAAGGGAAAACCUCUUCAGCGAAAUGAGGGGGAAGAUUAAGUCUUCGGAAGGGUCGGACGAGGAAGGGAGGCUCCGGUUCAAAGCGAGGAGGAAGAAGAGGACUCCUUUCUCCAAUCGCCACGGCAAGAGACACGGCAAGAAGUCCAAGUCCCGCUGCAGUAAGAAACCUCUCCACGUGAACUUCAAGCAGCUGGGCUGGGACGACUGGAUAAUCGCCCCGCUGGACUACGAGGCUUACCACUGCGAGGGGGUGUGUGACUUCCCUCUCCGGUCCCACCUGGAGCCCACGAACCAUGCCAUCAUUCAGACACUCAUGAACUCCAUGGACCCCAACUCCACCCCUCCCAGUUGCUGCGUGCCCACCAAGCUGACCCCGAUCAGCAUCUUAUACAUCGACGCGGGCAACAACGUCGUCUAUAAGCAGUACGAGGACAUGGUGGUGGAAUCGUGUGGGUGCAGGUAGCGAAUUGUCCACACCAAACCACUCCCCGACCCCCCUCCCCAAAAUUUGGAUGCAACCGCAAUAAAAAGUCUGACCAAGUCGUAGAGUUGAUGCGUUGGAAGGCGGUGAACGCUGUUUCAACUGCACUCAAAAAAAAUAGCACAAGCAUAAUCUAUCUCGCCCAGUGAGAGAUCGAGAGAGAGA